GCUUUAUUAGCUAUUCAGAAGCAUGGUGAGAAGUCGACACAAGCUUUGUGGUUGAGUCGAAAUUGUGAAUCUUAGUGAACAAAACAAUAUGUAUUUUAGGUUUGGCUACGUAGUCAUUUUAAUAAUAUCAUUACAUUUCAUUAGCUGUUCAGAAAAUUCCACAACAGGUGGACCUUCGCCAAAAGCCUCAAUUCCAUGCUCAGCCUUGCUACCAGGCGAUGUAGACUUCCAGACAGUAGAUCUGAUCGCUGCGUACCAGCUUGAUCGUCCAGAAACAACUGGAGUUACUCUAGUUCAGGGGUCCCAGGACUUGCAGAGGGCGUAUCGUAUUGGCGACGGAGCUAACCUCACAAUACCAAUCAGGCAUGUUUUUCGCAAUGGACUUCCCGAGCGGUUCAGCGUAGUGGCAACCUUCAACGCGCAUGGUCACAGACACCCGUGGAGCUUGCUGCGAAUACGAGACCAGGGGCUGUUGGUGUCUCUCACCCUGAUGCCCAGAGUACGGAAGUUUGCUGUCUUUGUGCAGAAAGCUAGAGCGAUUUUUACAUGCCCUGAGUUAUUUAGUAAUGGAUGGCACAAAGUCCACGUUUCAAUCACCAACGACACUGUAUCUGCUGCGGUCGAUUGUAAGGAGUUGGAGCCACAAGUAAUAGGCGAACAUAACUUCACCAAUGCAACCAGCUUGACGAUCAUCUCUAACGACGAUGGGACACCAGCUCCGGUCGAUCUCCAGUGGCUAUCGAUGAGCUGCAACGAUUAUAAUCUGACUGAAGAUAGUUGUGAAGAAAUUGAAUCAGCGGAAUUAUUAAUAGAGGGCCCACCAUUGGAAACUGGAUCGCAAUCUGCAACUGGAUUUAAUCCAUUGCUAAGUACUGUUUGUAACGAAACUUGCCCUGCGGGACCUCAAGGACCGCCGGGACCUAAAGGCGAGCAGGGCUUACUGGGAUAUACCGGGAUACCCGGUGUAAGAGGCAUGCAGGGACCACCGGGAUUAACUGGAGCUCCUGGACUUAAGGGGGAGAAAGGAGAGCGAGGUCUUCCCGGGAAUAGUGAAAAUGUAACUAUACUCCCUGGUGUGCCUGGUGAGCCAGGAAAACGAGGACCCAAGGGGGACAAAGGAGAUUUGGGACCAAAAGGCGAUCCAGGAGAGUUUGGUCCAGUCGGGCUACCCGGAAUACCAGGAUUUGACGGUCAAAAUGGUAAGCCUGGGCCCCAAGGGCCGAUCGGAUCUCGUGGCGAGCAGGGUCUCCCAGGUCCUCCGGGACCCGUAGCUCAUGUCAACACGUCUGUUCUUAUCGGUGCCAAGGGUGAUAGAGGAGCACCAGGAAAACCAGGUCGUGAUGGAGAGCCAGGACCUCGGGGUGCUACCGGCUCGGAUGGACACGAUGGAUUGCCUGGAGUGCAGGGUCCACCAGGUAUGCCAGGUCAACCUGGUGAAAGAGGCCCUGCGGGUCUAAAAGGCCCCGCGGGGGAAAGGGGCCCCGAAGGACCGCAGGGUUCAGAAGGCCCAAGGGGUCCCGCAGGACCUUCGGGCAGUCCAGGAUCUCCUGGCAUCAGCCAAUAUAGUUCUGCAUUGCCUGGACCACCAGGAGAACCAGGACAGAAAGGUGACGCUGGUCUACCCGGUGUUCCAGGACGGGACGGUCUGGAUGGAAUACCUGGUGCUCCUGGAGCCAGGGGACCUCCUGGAUUACCAGCACCGAGAGAUAUCAUAAUUGAGCCUCCCUCGAUAAGUGAAAUGGAUAUAAGGAAUAUCUGCGAAGACUUAAUGAGAGAUCGCUUUACGGAGUUAGCGGCAAGUUUAGUGAUACCAACAACUGCAGCAAGGAGAGGACCACCUGGAAAGCCUGGACCAGCCGGUCCUCCUGGGAUGCCAGGAGAACCGGGUGUUGCAGGCGAGAGAGGAUACCCUGGAGAGACCGGUGAGCCUGGAGUUCCGGGUCAUCCUGGCUCUAGAGGAGAAAAGGGAGAGAAAGGAGAACGAGGGCCCCAAGGUGUUGGUCUACCAGGAGUAGAUGGCCAGAGAGGAAUACAAGGUCCUAUAGGAGCACCAGGACCUGAGGGUAGACAAGGAGAGAGAGGCGCUCCAGGACGAGAAGGUGCAAUAGGACCUCGAGGUGUCCCAGGAGCCAGGGGGACUUGUGAAUGUCCGCUCUCUUACUACGUGUUUCCACCAAUGGGAAAUAAUAAAGGAUAAUAUUUAAAAUUUG